AUGUCCAAGACAAAUGAUAUGAAUUGUGUACAACAAGACCAGCCUACUUCAGCUGUCGUAGCUGGCUUCGAUCAGUCAAAGGUUUCUGCCCCUUCCAGCAAUAACAGCAUUUCAGCCGUUGUUGAGCCGAGCAACUCCAGUGUUGCGAAAUCGGACAUUGGAAGUGCGGUCGUUACCUCGUGUUCGAACUGUGGUACUACUACCACUCCCUUAUGGAGAAGAUCUCCUCUUGGAGAAACUAUCUGCAAUGCUUGUGGUCUUUACUAUAAGGCCCGCAAUACAACUCGCCCUGUUUGGUUGAAAAGAAAUGCUUCAAAACGUCCCAAGAAUACAACAAUCAGUCCAAUUGCUCUUGCCCCACGUAUUUCUCCUACUCCUCUUUUAGCUCCCGCUCCUCCUCCACCAUCUAGUGUAUCUCCACCAUCUUUAUCAUUCUCUACUGCUGCUUCUAAACCUUCAGUACCUACCUUUGUAGUCAUUCAACAGCAAACAGCAAGCCAACAACCAAAGGAAAAUGUCAGCAAUGUUACUACCGCCUCCACUGCAGCCACUACCAGCACUUCAUCCACAACCCCUGAAGAUCUCGCCAAUCUCAUUUGUGCAAAUUGUCAAACCGCCACCACGCCUUUGUGGAGACGUGAUGAAUCGGGUCAUCCCAUUUGUAACGCUUGUGGCCUCUACUUCAAAUUACACAGUGUACGUCGUCCUAUCACGAUGAAGCGUUCGACUAUCAAGCGUCGUAAAAGGGUCACUGCUGCCACCAUGGUUACUCACAAGCCUGUGGUCAUGCAUCGUCCAGCCAUUGCUCCCAUUGCUUUGUCUGCUGAUGCCUCUCUUUGUGGUACCAAAAGACGAAUUGAGAAUGCUUCCGAGAGUGCUGCCAAGCGUAUUGAACAUUUGCGUCCAUUGUUGCCUACACCUUCUCCCGCUCAUGCUGUUGAACGUCCUCCUUCACCUGCUGCCAGUGUCCAUUCUGCUAGAUCUUCACCUGAUCCCAUUGAGCCUGAUGUAUUCCAACACCACCAUCAACGUUAUCUGCCAUCUCCUCCCAUGAGACCUAUCAAGAGUACUUCCAACAUUGCAUGCUUGUUGAACCCUGAAAUUGAUCGCCACCAAAGAAGCUUACCUAGCUUGCCUUCGCCACCCUCGAUCCCUCAUGAGGAUAUGCUGCCUUUGUCGCCCAAGAUGAACAAUGACGCCAAACAUGUUGCUGCUGCUUUUGCUACCACUGUCUCUGCCUUGUUCAAUCCUGCAGUUGUUGAUCGCAAACACACCCAUCAAGUUUUAGAAGCUCAUCGCAUUGAAUUGAAGCGCGAAGUGACUAAUCUUACCUCUCUGUUGAGCCGUACAACAGCGAUGCUCCAGAAUAUAGAUCAAGUUAUGGCUACUUCUUCUUCUUCUUCAACCAACAAUUACUAA